GGCGGGCCGCGGCUCCGACUUCCAACAUGGCGCACGCUGGCGGCGGCGGUGGCGGCCCCGCGGGCCGGGGGCUGAGCGGCGCCCGCUGGGGUCGCUCGGGCUCUGCGGGCCACGAGAAGCUGCCGGUGCACGUGGAGGACGCCCUCACCUACCUGGACCAGGUGAAGAUCCGCUUCGGCAGCGACCCUGCCACUUACAAUGGUUUCCUGGAGAUCAUGAAGGAGUUCAAAAGCCAGAGGUUGUCGAACUUCUGGGAGCCUCAGUACCUUCUUCCAAAAAACGAGACGGAAAGCAUCGAUACUCCUGGAGUCAUCCGACGAGUGUCACAGCUCUUCCACGAACACCCUGACCUGAUUGUUGGAUUCAACGCUUUCCUUCCUCUCGGGUACAGAAUAGACAUUCCCAAGAACGGCAAGUUAAACAUACAGUCGCCUCUGUCGAGCCAGGAGAAUUCGCACAACCACAGCGACUGUGCAGAGAACGUCAAGCAGCAGAUGCUAUAUAAGGAGGACAAACCCCAGGUGCCCUUGGAGUCAGAUUCCGUGGAAUUCAACAACGCCAUCAGCUACGUGAACAAGAUUAAGACCCGCUUUCUAGAUCACCCAGAAAUCUACAGGUCAUUCCUGGAGAUACUGCACACUUACCAGAAGGAGCAGCUGAGCACGAAGGGCCGUCCAUUCCGAGGCAUGUCUGAAGAGGAGGUGUUCACCGAGGUGGCCAACCUCUUCCGCGGCCAGGAGGACCUCCUCUCCGAGUUUGGACAGUUCCUGCCCGAAGCCAAGCGGUCCCUGUUCACAGGAAAUGGGCCGUGCGAAAUGAACAGUGUCCAAAAGAGUGAGCACGAGAAGAAUCUGGAACACAGCAAAAAGCGCUCUCGGCCCUCACUCCUCCGUCCCGUGUCUGCACCAGCCAAGAAGAAAAUGAAACUCCGUGGUACCAAAGAUCUGUCCAUCGCCACUGUGGGGAAGUACGGGACUCUGCAGGAGUUCUCCUUCUUUGACAAGGUGCGCAGGGUGCUGAAGAGCCAGGAGGUCUACGAGAACUUCCUCCGCUGCAUCGCGCUCUUCAACCAGGAGCUUGUGUCCGGCUCUGAGCUCCUCCAGCUGGUCAGCCCAUUUCUAGGGAAAUUUCCAGAACUCUUUGCACAGUUCAAGUCCUUCCUGGGGGUGAAAGAGCUGUCCUUCGCCCCACCCAUGAGUGACAGAUCCGGGGAUGGAAUAAGCCGGGAAAUCGACUACGCCUCAUGCAAGCGCAUCGGAUCCAGCUACCGGGCGCUCCCCAAAACCUACCAGCAGCCCAAGUGUAGCGGGAGGACGGCCAUCUGCAAGGAGGUACUGAACGACACCUGGGUGUCCUUCCCCUCCUGGUCAGAGGACUCCACCUUCGUCAGCUCCAAGAAGACGCCCUACGAGGAGCAGCUGCACCGCUGUGAGGACGAGCGUUUCGAGUUAGACGUUGUCCUGGAGACCAACCUGGCCACGAUCCGGGUGUUGGAAAGCGUGCAGAAGAAGCUCUCCCGGAUGGCGCCGGAAGACCAGGAGAAGUUCCGGCUGGACGACUGUCUGGGGGGCACGUCGGAGGUGAUCCAGCGCCGCGCCAUCCACCGCAUUUACGGCGACAAGGCUCCGGAGAUCAUUGAGAGCCUCAAGAAGAACCCUGUCACUGCUGUCCCCGUCGUCCUGAAAAGGCUGAAGGCCAAAGAGGAGGAGUGGCGGGAGGCCCAGCAGGGCUUCAACAAGAUCUGGCGGGAGCAGUAUGAGAAGGCGUACCUCAAGUCCCUGGACCACCAGGCCGUGAACUUCAAGCAGAACGACACCAAGGCCCUUCGCUCCAAGAGCUUGCUCAAUGAGAUUGAGAGCGUCUAUGACGAGCACCAGGAGCAGCACUCGGAGGGCCGCAGCGCCCCCUCCAGCGAGCCGCACCUCAUCUUCGUGUACGAGGACCGGCAGAUCCUGGAGGACGCGGCCGCCCUCAUCAGCUACUACGUGAAGCGGCAGCCGGCCAUCCAGAAGGAGGACCAGGGCACCAUCCACCAGCUGGUGCACCAGUUCGUGCCCAGCCUCUUCUUCUCCCCGCAGCUGGGCCUGGGCGCGUCCGAGGACUCCGCCGAUGAGGGCCGGGGGAGCCCCCAGGGGCAGAGUGCAGACCCUGGUGACCGGAAGAAGCCAGCGCCCGGGCCGCAGAGCAGCGCCCCGGAGGAGAAGGGGGCCUCGGGCGAGGCGCCGGCCACGGAGCAGCCGCCGCCGCAGCACAAGCCCCUGGACGACGUCUACAGCCUCUUCUUCGCCAACAACAACUGGUAUUUCUUCCUGCGCCUCCAUCAGACCCUGUGCUCCAGGCUUCUGAAGAUCUACCGCCAGGCACAGAAGCAGCUCCUGGAGUACCGGACGGAGAAGGAAAGGGAGAAACUGCUCUGCGAGGGCCGCCGGGAGAAGGGCAACGACCCCGCCAUGGAGCUGCGGCUGAAGCAGCCAAGUGAGGUGGAGCUGGAGGAGUACUACCCGGCCUUCCUGGACAUGGUGCGGAGCCUGCUGGAGGGCAGCAUCGACCCCACGCAGUACGAGGACACCCUGCGCGAGAUGUUCACCAUCCACGCCUACGUGGGCUUCACCAUGGACAAGCUGGUGCAGAGCAUCGCCCGGCAGCUGCACCACCUCGUGAGCGACGAUGUCUGUCUGAAGGUGGUGGAGCUCUACCUGAACGAGAAGAAGCGGGGCGCUGCCGGCGGCAACCUGUCCUCCCGCUGUGUCCGCGCCGCCAGGGAGACCAGCUAUCAGUGGAAGGCCGAGCGGUGCAUGGCUGACGAGAACUGCUUUAAGGUGAUGUUCCUCCAGCGGAAAGGGCAGGUGAUCAUGACCAUUGAGCUCCUGGACACCGAGGAAGCCCAGACAGAGGACCCACUAGAGGUGCAGCACCUGGCUCGGUACGUGGAGCAGUACGUGGGGACCGAGGGUGCGUCCAGCUCGCCCACCGAGGGCUUCCUCCUGAAGCCUGUGUUCCUGCAGAGGAACCUCAAGAAGUUCCGCAGGUGGCAGUGUGAGCAGGUGCGCGCGCUGCGGGGCGAGGCCAAGAGCUCCUGGAAGCGGCUGGUCGGGGUGGAGAGCGCCUGCAACGUGGACUGCCGCUUCAAGCUCAGCACCCACAAGAUGAUGUUCAUCGUCAACUCCGAGGACUACAUGUACCGCCGCGGGACGCUCGGCCGGGCCAAGCAGGUGCAGCCCCUGGUCCUGCUGCGCCACCACCAGCACUUCGAGGAGUGGCACAGCCGCUGGCUGGAGGACAACGUGCCGGUGGAGGCAGCCAGCCUGGUGCAGGACUGGCUGAUGGGCGAGGAGGACGAGGACAUGGUGCCCUGCAAGACGCUCUGCGAGACGGCUCAUGUGCACGGGCUGCCGGUAACCCGCUACCGAGUGCAGUACAGCCGCCGCCCGGCCUCGCCCUGACGCUCCCACACGGGCACCACGACUCGCACUUAGUGCAGUUGCUUCCUUGGCCUGCGUGUCCAUCGGGCGUUUUCAUGAACAGUGUGAGGGGAGCAGAGCGUCCCCCAGCCUUGCUGCUAUGGGCUGUGAGCUCCAGAGAAGGGCGGGUUGUGUCGGCUCUCGGCCCCACGCUGCCAUCCCUCUUGGCUUCCCCGCUUCCUUUGGGCCUGUCCUGUGCCAGACGUAAACCACCACCCCCCCCCCCCCCGCACUUGAACUCUAGGGGCUUAGUCCCCGCUGGAAGGGGGAGGAGCAGUGCACCGGUCAAGGCACAAGAGAGUGCAUUCACGUGCCUGCUGGGCUACUCCCGUCACACGUGCCAAAUCCCCAGGCUUGGGCACCGCUGGUUGUUUUCUGCGUUUGGUGAAAGUGGGUGAAGAGCCGCGCGAGGGCUCACAUUCGGGAGGGGUCAGCGUUUGAGGGUCCCUGACAUCGGAGGAGUCGGGCCCAGGUGGACCUGCUUGAAAAGCAUGUCCUUCCCAAGCUUCUAGAAACAUUUCCCAAGCUGGGCGACAACCUGCAUCUGACAGUUCGGGCAUCGGCUUGGCCCGGCGGGUGCCUGGGGUCCUCAGUCACUUUGAAAGUGAGAAGAGCCCUUUCAGCCAAGCUGUUGGGAUCCUGCUUUGACAUCCAGACAUAGAGUGGGCAGGCAGCACCAGAGCUGCCCAGAAGACCCUGCUCUGGAAAAAAAAGAGACUCAAACCCCAUGUUGAUCCGACAGCUGGACUCUGGGCACGUGAGGGGAGGGGGCCUGGCCUGCCGCACCCGCUGAGCUCGAGUGGUCCCACCCUGGGAGGGCCCUGGGGUGCGGUUGUGUACCUAAGAUGGACGUUCUAGAAGUAUAUAUAUGCACACACAUAUUUAUUCCUUUAUGCUCUCUUAGUGGUUGUAAGUUCUACAACGGCCAAGUCCCACGGCCUCUCUGGGGGUGACAGCCCUCUUCGUGGACUUCCGCAUACCCGCCCCAACGCCUCCAUUCCGGUGGCCACCACCCGGGGCGGGUACCGUGUGAGGGGCAAAAGCUUCUUCUGUGCCAAGAAUGCCAAGCAGUUCGGGCUAGGAACCAGCUUUUUGAACUUCCUGCACCGUGAGAAGCUCUGGCCGGGCCCCUGACACCAUCAGCGAGUGGGCUCCGCUGAGCCGUGGGCCUGGAAGAACCCCCGCGCAGCCGCCUCUGCCAGCCGCAGCCCUUGCCUUCCUGCAGCUGAGCUGUGCCAAACCCAAGGUUCCGGGAAUCGGAGAUGUGUUUCUAGAAGUUUACCUGUGGAACUCGAGGUUUGCAAAGCCUGUGACUCCAGGCCUGGGCGAUUCCAAGGCCAACCUGUCCCACCUGGGUGUCUCCUCACCCGGGUUUUCUCACGUGUAAUCCAUGCACUUUGUACGCAUCCUUGUUUUAUAAGAAGGAAACUUACCAGAAUUCCUGAACCAGACCCUCCCGGCAGCCGUCCUCCUCGGGAGCCCGCAGCCCCUCCUGUGCCCUCUGCCUGGGCCCGGGGUGCGGGCCAUACCCCACCAAGCCCCCCACCCUGCAUGCUUCUAGGGAGCAUCUCUUCUGUUUUUGAAGAAUUUCUGUUCUGGGGCUUGUUCUUCCUUUGCAGCUGUUUUGAAUGUAGUUUUCCUUUUCUAUUUAUUUGCACAUUAAAGUUAAAAAUUAAAUAUUAA